AUGGUGCAGGCUUACUACCACGACAACGUUGAUUCCGUGGAUUUUCGCGAGCCUCAUAACUCAGGCGAAGAGGUAUCGUUGCAACAGCUAGAACGCAUAGGUGCAUUCUACAGAUUUUGUCCUACGUUAGAAGACGUGAACCAGGUGGCCACUGACAGGAAUUACAAAAACAGAGACACCGUUAGCAUUUCGGCAGAAACUUUGGGCGAGGCACUUUUGCCAAAAUUGCAAACGUUUUACGCAGAACACCUGCACGAGGACGAGGAAAUAAGAUACAUUGUGGACGGAGAAGGAUAUUUCGACGUACGUAAUCCAACCGACGAUAGAUGGAUCCGGUGCAAAUUGGUUUCCGGCGAUCUGCUGGUGCUUCCUGCAGGCAUGUACCACCGUUUCACACUAACGGCCCAAAACUAUGUCAAAGCGAUCCGUCUGUUCAAAGAUGAGCCCAAAUGGGUGGCCCACGCCCGUCCCGACGCGGACGGAUUCCCAAUUCGCAAUGAGUAUCUCGCUACGAUCCAGUAG